CCCCCAGAGAGACGGCCUCCCGCAGGCAGGCAGGCGGGCCGGCAGGAUGCGUCCCUGGGCGCUGCUGCUGCUGCUGGCGUGCUCGGCGCUGGGCGGCUGCCUCUGCAGCGGCCGAGAGGAAUUGGCCUUCAAGUUAUGGAUGGCGCAGUACAAAAAACAAUACAGCCCGGAGGAGGAAGAGUACCAUCAGCGGUUUCAGAUCUUCAUUAACAAUAAGCAGCAAAUUGAUAAACACAAUGCUGGCAAUCACACCUUCCAAAUGGGGCUGAACCAGUUUUCAGACAUGACAUUCACAGAAUUCAGGAAAAAGUACCUCUGGCAUGAACCCCAGAACUGCUCAGCCACCAGGGGCAACUUUAUCAGCAAUGCUGGGCCCUAUCCGAGUGCCAUUGACUGGAGGAAGAAAGGGAAUUACGUGACACCAGUGAAAAACCAGGGUCCCUGUGGCAGCUGCUGGACUUUCUCCACCACUGGCUGUUUGGAGUCUGCCAUUGCCAUAGGAACAGGAAAGCUACUGAACCUGGCUGAGCAGCAACUGGUCGACUGUGCCCAGGACUUCAACAACCAUGGGUGUAGUGGGGGCCUCCCCAGCCAGGCUUUUGAAUACAUCCUGUAUAACAGAGGGCUCAUGGGUGAGGACACGUAUCCUUAUCGUGCAAAGAACGGCACCUGCCAAUUCAAUCCCCAGAAGGCCAUCGCAUUUGUCAAGCAAGUUGUCAACAUUACACUGAAUGAUGAGAUGGGCAUGGUGGAAGCUGUGGGCAGGUACAAUCCAGUGAGCUUUGCCUUUGACGUGACAGAAGACUUCAUGCACUACAAACAGGGGGUUUACUCCAGCACACAAUGUGAUAAAACUCCAGACAAAGUCAAUCAUGCUGUCCUGGCUGUGGGCUUUGGAGAAAACAGCCUUCCCUACUGGAUUGUUAAAAAUUCCUGGGGUCCCUAUUGGGGCAUGGAUGGGUACUUCUAUAUUGAACGUGGAAAGAACAUGUGUGGCCUGGCUGCCUGCGCAUCCUAUCCAGUCCCUCUUGUCUGAAGUGGGAUUGGACUUUGGCACAGGGGAGCAGGUGCUGCCAGACCCGCCGUGAGCAAGACCCGCUCCUGCAGCAUUUCGCGUUGCUUUGGAGCAGGAGGCCUGGCGUGAGGCGGCCGGGUGGCUUGCGUGCUUGCUGGCUCUGAAGCCGCCUCCGCAAGGGCGCUGUUUGGAGGCUUUGGAUGGCAGAGCGCUGCAGGGCUUGAGUCCGAGGCUCCCAGGAGCGGCGCCGGGAGGGCCCAGGAGCCGCCUCAGCCCCACCGCGAGGACCCUUCGCGCAGCCCGGGGGGCCUUCGGGGGCCUCUGUCCAGAGCUGCAUCAGCGGCUGCAUCCUGCUGGGGGUUUUUAGAGGCUUAUUUGUAUUUGCAAACCUGAUUAUUUUUGUACUGAGGUUCUCUCUUCAAACUGGGCAUUAAUAAAAGGCUUUAUAGACCGAG